AUGCAAGCCAUCAUCAACACUAACAACAACUCUUUCAUUGGAGUGGCCAUUCAGUACCGUCUUGGUGCCUUUGGUUUCCUUUCUUCAGACGAGGUCGAUCGCUUUGGCACUGUCAAUGCUGGUAUCCUCGAUCAAACCUUUGCCCUGAAGUGGGUCCAGGAAUACAUCUCUUCCUUUGGAGGUGACCCACGCUCUGUGACCAUCUCAGGCGAGUCAGCUGGAGGUGGCUCUGUUAUGCUGCAAGGCAUGGCUUAUGGUGGCACUCUGGGCACCUCGUUGUUCAAGAACGCCAUUGCAGCUUCUCCUUACUUGCCUAUGCAGUACGGCUACAACGACUGGGUCCCCUCGCAGUCUUACUACGCUUUUGCAGGUUUGGCUAAUUGCAUGCCUAACACUGCUUAUGGAUCUUCUUCUCGUACCAUCUUCGAAUGUCUGGUUAACCAAGACACUGAAACUCUGCAGUACGCCAGUUUCAACGUUUCAGGUUCUGGAAAUUUCGGUACUUGGGGUUUCUUGCCUGUCACAGAUGAUGUGUUCAUCCAGCAACUGCCUAGUCAGCAGCUCUUGGAGAAGAAGGUGAAUGGACAGAACCUUCUUGUCGGUAACAACGCCAACGAAGGUCCUCUGUUCGUCCCUCAGAACAUCGACACCGAGGCCGAUCUCGUUGCUUGGUUGGAACUCACCUUCCCUCUCUUCAGCAACGACGAUAUCUCCAGGAUCCUCCGCUACUGUGAGCAUCCUCUCCUUCUUCAUUCUCGCUCUGAACGCUAA